AUGGCAUGGUCAAUAUCACUGGUGCGCAAACUUCUAAUCGUCGCCAUGUCACUGAUUGUUUCCCAAUCUGUACAGUCAUUCACCAUCGGAGGUGCCGCCAAUGGAAAGACGAGAACUACUGAAUUGGCAGCCAAGCCAAAGAAAAGGUUACAAAAACGGGAAGAAAUUCCAGCCAACUUGAGACGCAAGGUAUCUGCCAAACGUGAUCCCUUGGGUCAUAUCGUUCCUUCAGAAUUCAAGACAGCAGGAACCGGUGGUUCCGCCAAUCCUCGAUUGCGACCCCAGGGAAAGGCUCGAGAAGCAGGGUUGAAUAAUCCCAGUUUACUGAAGAUCUUUGGUGGGUCGGCUAGAGGGCGACGACUCGAUUCCCCCUCUGUAUACCUGAGACCCAUGAUGGGAAAAGUGAGAGAAGCUGUCUACUCGACAUUUACGUCCUUUGGGCUGUAUGAUUAUUCGGUUCGUCACUUGGAUUGCUUUGCUGGAUCGGGUUCUGUCGGUCUGGAAUCCCUGAGUAGAGGUGCUAAGCAUUGUACCUUUUGCGAUUUGUCGGAGGAUUGUUGUGGUGCUAUUGAGCGAAAUAUCAAGUGGUGUCAGUUUGAUGGGGACGACCAUACCACUCAGAUUGUCAACUGUGACGUGCUGCAACUUUUGAGAACCCCGACAGCUGUAGGCGUUCCUGAUGGAGAGAAGUUCGGUAUUAUCACCAUUUGCCCGCCAUAUGAAGAAGUCGUGUAUGCCGAAUUGAUGGAUGCUGUCUGCAACUCUCCAGUAGUUCAGGACGAUACAAUUGUGCUUUUGGAAUAUCCUAUCGAACUGUUGGGCGAAGUUCCACCAGUGUACAGUGGAGAAAAAAAUACCAUGGUGGGUAUUCGGAAUCGAAAGUAUGGGCGAACUAUUAUCGCCAUGUACAUUGUCAAUCCAACAGGAAGGAUCGACAAUGCUGAAAGUCGGCCGAUGGAGUUUCUUAUGGCUGACUAG